CAAGCAUUGAAGCAAAGCAUGUGAGUGUGAAAAGCAAAAAAUAAAAAAAAAUUAUGGCGGGACCACAGAGUUUUGUGAAAAUAAUUAUAUUUUUAUUAUGUACAAUUAAAUUUUUUUCAUUAAUUCACGGAGAUAGACAUCGUUUAAAUGUUCCACGAGUUUUACUACCAGUUUUCAAUGAUUUUCCUGUCAACUUUACCCUCGAAGUUACAGAGGGUGGUUGCUACCAAUGGUCAACUUCUCGUUCUGAUAUUGUUCGAUUAAUUCCAAUAAAUGAAAACUAUGAUCGAAUGUGUUCAUCGGCAGUUAUUGUACAAACUACAACAAGAGAGCCAACUAGAAAUACAGCAAUUGUUUUAGCCGAAGAUCUUAAUAAUGGGAAUUUUUUAAGAUGUGACGUUAUAGUUGAUGCUAUUUUUUCUCUUUAUAUGGUUACUACAACAAGAGAAUUGUUUAUUGAGGAAGCGCCAGAAGCUUUUGAAGUUCGCGCUUACGAUGAACAAGGAAAUGAAUUUACAACACUCGCUGGCAUUGAAUUUUCUUGGGCUGUUGGUAAUGCCGAUAAAAGAGGUUUAAAAAUUGAUGAAAAUUUACCCAAUAAUGUAUUAAGAUUUAUGACUUUUCAAGAAUCUCCUUAUGAAACUCCUCAUACAGUUGAAAUGUUAGAUAUAAUUGGAAAACGGGGAAAUAUUGUUCUAUUGGAAGGAGUUAAAACUGGAGCAGCAAAGGUUUCUGUAAAAUUACUUCAUCAUGAAUACAAACACGUUCUUCCAGUUGAAGUUGAUUUAAUCGUUGUAGCCAAUCUUAUAAUCAUUCCAUCUGACGUCACAAUGAUGAUAUACGAUUGUUUUACAUAUAAAAUAAUGCAGGUACAUCAGGGUCGUUUGGAAGAAAUAAAUCUUGCAUCAAGUCAAUAUUAUCUUGCAGCUGAAAAUUCAAAUCUCAUUGAAAUAAACAAUGAUCGUGGUAGUAUUUAUGCUCUUGCACGUGGUAGAACAAAAAUUUCUUUACACGAUAAAAAUGUACUUGAAGAAUAUGGUGUAAUUUUACCAACUGCAUCGGUUAGCAUAAGCGAUGUUGCCUAUAUAACAUUAACAGUUCUUCCACAUCGUAGUAGUUCAUUAAUUUUAGGACAAACACAUGAAAUAGUCGUUGAUUUUUACGAUAGUCGUGAUCAUAAAUUUUUCAUUGGCGAAGGCGCUGAAGUAACAUUAGAAAUUGAAGAUCAAUAUUUUGAGAGAAAAUUCACAACACAAAAUGGUACAUACGCAAUUGUUGUUCCAAUUCAAACGGGUGUAACAACAGUGAAAGCAACAUUAUACGGUGUUAUUGAUCAAGGUGGACGAAAAAUUGCUCAAACACCGGAAUUAACAACAAGAGCUGAAUUUACAAUUCAUUCACCAGUUAUUAUACAUCCACAAUCACUUGCACUUCCAUGGGAUCCAAAAAGUAAAACAAAAUCUGAUAUGAUAUUAAAAGCAAGUGGCGGUGAUGGUUCUUUUGUUUGGAAUAGUCGACAACCAUCAAUAGCUACAGUUUCACAAAGUGGAGCAGUUAAAGUAUUACAAAAAGGUUCUGCCGAUGUGACAGUGUCAAUGGUACGUAAUCCUUAUAAUCGUGAUACGGCAAAAGUUUAUAUUCUCGAUCCAACGAAACUUGAAAUUAUUCAAUAUAAUAUGGAGGCGGCAAUUGGUGAACCAAUUUUUUUACACAUUGCCCUCUAUGGUGAAAUGAUUGAUGGCACAGAAGUAAAACAAAUUCCAUUCAACGAUUGUAAAGAUUUACCUUUUGAGAUUUAUAUUCCAGAUGGAAAUUUCUUUUACAAUGAAACUGAAAUAACACAACCUGUUGGUAUUGCUUGUGCUGCAUUAGCAAUUGUUAGUCUCAAUACUGGAACAUCAACAAUAACUGUGACUUAUAAUAAAAAUGGCCUCUAUCUUAUGGAUAAUAUCACAGUGUCUGCUUACGAUCCACUUGUUGUUGUUCAUCCAAAUAGUGGUGAAAGUAUUUUAGCAAUUGGCUCAUCAAGAAGAAUUAUUUUCAAAGGCGGUCCUUAUCCAUGGUCUGGUAAACUUCAAGGUUAUCGGCGAGAAAUGACUGUUUCUGAAAAUGAAAUUUUAGAAGUUAGUGAAGAAAAACAAACAAUUGAUCCUGAUAUUUCAAUAUUUCAAGUUGUUUGCCGACAACUUGGCGAGAGUAUAUUAACAUUUACAGUUUCAAAUAUUCCUCUAUUUCCCACAUGUAAAAUGACCGUUGCCACUGCGACAAUUCGUGUAAUUUGCUCAAAGCCAAGAUACAUUUUUCUACAACCAGAAUUUAAGAACAAUGAAAAUUGUCCCAUGAAACAAAUGUCAAAUAAAAUUAUGACUCACAGUAAUGAAGAAUUGGAAUUAUUGGUUAUUGUCAAAGAUGAAGAUGGAAAGAAAUUUGAUAAUAUUACAAGUUUAAAUAUUGAAUGGACAUUGAAACCACAAAGUGGUGGUGAAAUUGAAAUACCAAUUGGAACAAUAGAAGCGCCUAUUGAGGAUUUUAAUGUAAAACUUCCGGGUAAUCAUUAUCAGCGUAUUAUCACAAAAUUAUUUUCCGAUUCUUUAGUGUUAAAGGCAAAAAUUACGGGUUAUCAAAAAAAUUAUCUCUCAUCGUUGAGAAUAUCUCCUGAAUGGCCACCAUUUCCAAUUGAAAAUGAAAGAGGAAUAUUAGCGACACCAUUGAUUGAAGCAAUGAUAAAUAUUAUUUUAGUUAAUGACACAAUUAUUGUGCCAAAUGAAUUGAAAGUACUAAAUGAUCCAAGUAGUAAAUAUUUUUUGCAAGUAAAUCAAGGAUCGGGAUUUUAUGAAUUUCAUCUUAGUUCAGAUGAUAUUGCUGAUAUACGUUAUGUUGAACCAUCAAGAACAAUUACUGUGGUACCAAAAAAAUUUGGAACAUUGAGAAUAACAUUAAUUGAUUUGUGUCUUGCUUCUGUACCUGCGGAAGCUGUUAUUCAAGUUCAACAACUUGCGAAUCUUGAAGUUGAAACGGUGAAUAAAGUUGAAAAGGGAAAAUGUAUUGCUGCUGCUUUAAAAAUGUAUGACACCAAUGGAUAUUCAAUGAUGUUGCCAUUUAUCGAUGCAUUGUCAAUGAAAAUUGAAAUUGAAAAUGGAUUUAUUGAUGUUAAGAGAGCGUCACCCAGUGAACAAGGAGAUCAACCAUUUAGUGAAAUAAUAUACAUGAUACAUGGGCUUGAAGAAGGAGAAACUCAGGUGAUCUUUAGUAACGGCGAAGGCGAUGAUGAAAUUCGAAGUGAACCAAUUUUAAUACAAGUUUUUCCACCACUAAAAUUGACACCAAAAAAUUUGACCACUUUAAUUGGCACAAUCUAUCAAGUUACAGUCACUGGUGGACCAAAAGAUGCUGAAAUUGAAUUCUCAGUGGGAAAUAAUGAAAUUUGCAGUAUCAAUAGUGAUGGCAUUCUCGAGGGAAAAUCAAUUGGUCAAACGCGAAUUAUCGCAAGGGCAAUUGGUUUUAAUUCAAAGGGCAAUAUAAUUGUUUAUUCACAAGAUUAUGCUGAUAUUUAUGUUACAAAUCUUGAAGAAGUGAAAAUUGUGAUACCAACAAUGAGAAUUAAAGUUGGUGCCACAAUUCCCGUUUGGGCAUUUGGAAUACCUGAUAAUUUAACACCAUUAAUUAUUGGUUCAAUGAAAUCACCACUUUCAUUCUCAUGGAUGUCAAGCGAUAAUUCUCUAAUGAGCCUUCAUAAUAUGUACGAGGGAACUGGAAUUAAUAUGAGAUAUCAAAAUGAAGUUUCACUACGUGCUAAGGCAAAUGCACCGGGAAGUGUAACUAUUUAUCUAAAUGUCACUGCACAUUGUUAUAAUUCAAUUGGAGGUUGUAGUGCCGAUCGAAUUUAUAGUGCUUUUGUUAAAAUUGAAAUAUUUGAAGAAUUAAAACUUUUCUAUAAUGACAAUAGUGAAAGUGAAUCGGCUGUUAUUUUAAUGGCACCGAAUUCAAUUUUCAAAUUACAAACAAAUCGUGAUAAAUAUGGUGUGACGUCUUUUAAAAUUCUUACAAGCGGUUCACAUAGUGUUGAUACUGAGGAUUCAAAUGCUUUAACACAAGUAUCGAAAAUGAUUACUGUUGAUAAAAAUGGUGUUGUUAAAUCGGGAGAAAAUUACGGUAGAACAGUUAUUUCAAUAACAAAUGUCGAGGCUUACAGUUUAAAACAAACUCUAACUGUGAUUAUUGAUGUGAAACCAGUUCAUUAUAUGAUGUUGUCAUUGAAAUCAAAUAUUCGAACGAGAUUAGGAGAGGAGCUGAAUAUGUUACCAAAAGGAAUGGAAUUAGAUUAUGUUGUAGAAUUUUUUGACAAUGUUGGUUUAAAAUUUCAUGCUGCUGACAUGAGUUAUAAAACAUUUGCAAAUAGAGGCGAUUUAGUGACAUUUAUACCGGAAAAUAAUAAUCUUCUAUUGGCUAAAUUUUUGGAAAAUGGAAAAUCAAUCAUUAAAAUUUAUAAUGAAAAAUAUCCCAAUGGAAUGUUUGAUUAUGUGACUGUCAUAAUUGGAGAUAUUCAUUUUCCAGCAAAGGCAACGGUGAGCGUUGGCGAUAUAAUUUGCUUCUCGAUGCCUCUUUUAUCUUCUGACGGCGAACCAGGUAUCUGGCAAUCUUCAGCUUCUGAAAUUGUUGCCGUUGAUCCGAUUUCUGGAAUUGGAAAAGCUCGUAAUCCAGGUAAUGCUUUUAUCAAACACAGUCUUACAACUCAACUGCAGGAUGAAAUUGAAGUUCACGUUCUUCCAGUUGCAAAGAUAACAUUAAUUCCAUUGAGAGGGAAAAAUAUAACAGGACUCGAGGUAUUCAGUAUACCACUUGUAAUUAGAGGCAAGGAUGAGGGAAUUAAAGAAAAUAAUGUAUUCUCACGAGGAUUGAGUGGAUGUCGAAUGCAAACUUCAUUUUCUUUGACUUCUUAUCCCUUCACGUGUACAAUACAAUUUAUUCCAGCGAAUGUUCACAUUGGAAUUAAAGAUUUUUUCAUAGCUAAACCACGAUUUGACAUUGUUACCGGUUUCUACUAUUGUGAUGUAAUUCCCAUUGGAACGCCAAAUUUAAUUUCAAGUACAACAGAAGUUCGUCUUCAGAUAAACGCCGUAAGUAAGGAUAUGGAGGGAAAUCCCGUGGAAGUUGCAUAUUUGCCAUUAAUUUAUAUUGGAAUUAAGGAAGUUGUCUUUACAAAUUUACCAUCUUCAUCAAUGCCAACUGCAUUUUUGGAAAUUUAUGGUUUACCCUACGUCUUGGAGCAUAUAACAAUCGAUACUCCAGAUGAAAUUACAAUAAGUGGUCAACAAUUUAUUUCUAAGCAUCUAUUUCAAUAUAAAUUAAACUUGAUGCAAACCCAUGACGAUAUUCAAGGGAAAAAAAUUGUCAUAAGUAAUGAAUUAACAAAGCAGAAUAUCUCGCUAUUUAUUCGAUUACCAAGAUACGAACAAUAUGCGCAUAUAUCAGGAAUCCAUUGGCUUGAUUACGUUUAUUUUCAUCGUUAUACCUUUGGAGUGUUCAUUGUUUUAUUUAUCACCUUCUUUCACUUUUGGAAAAAUAAAAUGACAAAUGUGGAUUUAAAUGUAAAAAAUAGAAAUAUAUUUGCUGAAAAAUGCCCGCCGCCUUUGAGAAAAUCAACUAGUCCAGGUUCUCCAAAUUUAAAUAAUUCCUCAAAUACCACAAGACAACGUUCACCUUCAUCACCAUUAAGACCAUUCUCAGCUUUUGAACCAGUUUAUGGUGAUCCACGAAGUUUAUUUACACCGAGAAGAAAUACAACAUUACAUACACCUUAAGUAUGUAAAACAAACUUAAUAUCGAUAAUUCGAUAAUUUUGAAAAGACUGACAAUCAUUUUUUUUUUAUAUAUAAAACAAUUUCAUUAACUAUUUACCAAUGGCGGAUAAGUAUAAAUUAAUAUUUUUAAUUUUCAAAUAG